GGCUUGUCUUGUGAGUGAAUAAGGAUGUACUGCAUAGCUGAGGUUAGGCAGCAGCAGCUGGCUCUGUUGUUUUUGUACAGCCCACCAAAGCACCCAUGAGAAGCUAGGAGGUCCAGGAUCAGCAGAGGAAGGCCGUGGCAUGUGCUCUACCCCUCUGGUUCUCAGGAUGCAGGAUGGGCUCAUCAAUAGGACCGCCUGCCUGUGUGUCUAGACUCAUCUAGCUGCUUUGGACCAUACCUCAAAGGAGAGGCUUGGAUUUCUUGGGAAACUUUUCCUUCUUGUACACUGUGAGCGGCCAGCCAGCCACGUGCAGCUCUCUGUUGCCAUGGAUGCCUAUGCACGUAUUAGAGGAGUCCCCCUGAGGUCCAGGGCCUCUGUCCGGAAAGAGACUGUGCGUGACGGUGGGCCGCAGUGUGUGAAGAGCCUCUUUAGGAAUAAAAAGGAGCUAUGCAGCGUUGGUCUAGAGCUGCCAAGCAGAGACACCACAAGACUGACAGAGAUUCAUUUUGUGUGUCUGCCUGGGCAAUGUGAAGGGGAAGAUGUCACCCAACAGGCUCUGUUAUCUAUGCCAGCGGGGCUGUGUGAGCUUCUGAGGUCCCUCCACGUUCACAGCCUCAAGAAUGACGAGGUUCUGCUGCUCAAAGACUCCCGCAGGCUGGCAGAGCACAGGGACGCCGGGCCUCAGUGUUGGUUAAAGGCCGUGUGUGUGCUGAGGCAUAAUCCCAGCACCAGCGUCUACCCUCAGGCCAGUGUAGCAUCUUUGGUGGGCUUGCUGGGGUGCUACAUGGCAGGCGUACGCUAUGCUCUGGAGCUCCAGGCUCUUCAGAGGGGCACAGCUGAGCCCAGCCAGCCAGAGGAGGACGACACCAACCAGUCGGUCUCAUCAAUCGAGGAUGACUUUGUCACGGCCCUGGAGCAUCUGGAGGAGGACGACACAGGAGACAAUCCCUCUGCUGUUUCCUAUCGCCUUUUUAAAAAGCGUGACGUGGCAUCACAGACAGUCCCAGCCCACAAGAGAAAAAAGGAAUUAGCAGGCGCCCGCAUUAUCAUAAGCUCAUCGUCGAAGAAGAACUCGGCCAACCAUAAUUCUGGUCCAGAUGUGUCUGUCACAGUGCAGAGGUCAUCGGGCGUGGAAUCCCAGUGGACUUACUGCAGUCCUGGAGCUCGUCUCCCCUCGCCUCUGAUGCAUGUCAGUGAAUCAGAAGAGUCUGACGGCUCCAGCCCCAGCCCAAUCAUUUUCCUGGAUGAGGUGGGCUACCAGAAGAGCCUGCUGGCCAAGCUGGACAUCCCCACGGUGCCAGGGGGGCCCAGAGAGCGAGUUGAGGACUCAGACUCUGAAGUCAGUGAAUUCUUUGACAGCUUCGACCAGUUUGAUGACCUGGAGGACCUGAGCUCAGACAACUGCACUCUCGCGCUGCCUCUGGACGCCAUCAGUGCCCCAACCAAACAGAGCCAGACCAGCGGGUCAGCAUCCAAAUAUGUUUCUAGGGGCUGCUCCACCAAGGGUAUGAAUCCCCACCGCUUUGACCACCCCACUCUCCCAGCCAAUGUGAAAAAACCCACUCCUCUGAAACCAGGCUCUCCCUACCCACAUCACUCCGAGGUGCCUGAUUCCCCUCGACCAGUGCAGACCCCCUCUGACGAGAAUGGUGGCCCACUCUUCAGCCCUGUCAGCUCAUCGGCCUUCAGCCCCUUGGUGGACUCUAGUGGACCACUGGAGUACUUCUGGAAGGCGGAUGUGGAUGGACGGGACAGCUCAGAGCUGCGUAAACCCCAGGAUCUCUGCUCUCUGUAUAAGACCUACUCAGACUUUGCCAGCAGUCUCUCCAAAGAAAUUCUAGGAUCCGUGUGUGGCUACCAGUCUGCCGUCGACAUCAGCGACAACAAGAAUCUCAGCUGCGUCUGCCACAAGGAAUUCAAGAACCCUUCGGGAUACCUGAUGAAGCUCUCAGAAAUACAAGAGACAGUAACGGUGGCCACGCUGCAGAAGAAGUCCCAGUCUCUGAAGGAUGGCAUUCAGAGGUUUGCCACCGACCUGGUGGAAAUGAGCUUGGGCAGCGCCUUGCGAGACCUCCAAAAGGGCGUUUCCUCCUGUACCACCACCUUGUGUCACCUAGCCGCCAGGCUCACCUCCUCAGUGUUUCAGAUGGCCUUCCAUGAGAUUGGCAUGCGCCGCGCCUAUGUGUUGAAAGAACGAGCAAUCAACGGAUUAGCCGGCUUCCUGGUCGGAGAGGCCGUGUCGGGGGCGCUGAAGGAGUUCCUGACGGUGAAAAAGCAGAUUUUCCACAGCACAGUGACACAAUUCGCUGCAGAUCUGGCUGAAGAGCUGGUGUUUGAAGGCAUCAUGGAAGUGUGUCAGUUCUCUCACCCCUCAACGCCUCUCACGCCUAGUGAUUGGUCCUUUGGCCACGGGCACGAGGAGGAGGAGGAAGAAGAGGAGGAGGUGGUUACCUCCUAUGCUUCAGACUUAUCUGAGUCGGUUAUCCAAGAGGCCUUCAUAGAGCUCUCUCAGGCUGAUGUUGCCUUCACUAGCCAAGCAGCUAUUAGUGUGUCUCUGGACAACAUCUGUUAUGUCAGUGCCGAGAACACGAGCGCUCAAACCUGCAGUACCUUUGCUAACCAGCAGGUUUUAAGUUCAGCUGGAGCGGUCCCGGGGCCUUCAGGAGAGGACGCUACCUGCACGGUGAAGAAAGCCCUGUUCACUGUGUCAGGCAUGGCCAGCUGUAUUCCUGUUCCCCAAGCAGGCCAAGCCCUCUCCCACCUCCAGGAUCCUGAGGAGACCAUUCAGUAUAAGUCUAGCUUGUCAGAGACCCCACAGGCCAGCCCCCAAAGAGUUACUGACACCACCACACCUGCACAGACUCACCUUCACAGUCAUGGAACUCAGACUCCCGUACCUGAAGAAGACCCCUCCCAAGGAAAGUCCCCAUUCCAAAACUUCUCGGGCAACAUGGUGGAUAUGAUCGUAACGGAGGCUUGUGAGCUAAUAACUGCUUCUAAGAUGAAGAAGAGUUUCGGUGACUGUGCUGAUUUCUUUACAAAGACAAUCGGGAGCAGAAGGGACUCUUCUUCUAAGCUGGAGACGGUUAAUGAUGAGGCUCCAGGUUCCCCUUCAACGCAGGCAGUUGCUGGCUUCAGAUAUGACUGUAGAGAGUCUAUGUAUGUUAGGAAGGGCGGCCCUGUUGAGCCAGCAACAGACCAUAACAUUCCUCACAUUUCCUUUCAGACAGGCUCUCAAAGCCAGGGGAGAACCAGCUGUGAGUUAGACCCCAGGACCAGAGGUGUGGCUGAAACACAUCCUGUGAUGAUGGAUACUCUUGAUGUGCCGGGUACAGAGAUGGGUGGACAAAGGAGGAUAUCUGUUCCCGGGGAUGACUCGGCUCCGAGCUCCGGCCAAAAAUCCGGCGGGACUCCUGGCACUCCCCCUUCUACCCCUCAGCAGCCCAGCGAGGUGUCCAAGGAGAAGCAGAUAAAACGGUUCUCCAAGAAGCUGAAAAGCAAGCUGGCCAAGGAAUUUUCCCCCGCCACCCCCCCACCCACUCCUCACUAUCAGCCUGAGCCUGGCCCAGGGCCAAAAGACAUCACCCCUGAGGCGGACAAGGCUGAGUUCAUGCUCAAACUGAUGAGGUCUCUCUCUGAGGAGGCAGAUGGUAAUGAGGAUGAAGAGGAGGAAGAACUGGCAGAGGAGGGUGGCGUCGGUGGCACUAACAGAUGUUUAGAGACGGUGGGCGGCCGGCAUGAACCAAACCAGAUGUCCGCUCGGAGGAUGUCCAACAAGGAAGCUCUCCACUAUGCUGAGCGGCUGGCUUGCCACAUUGUCUCUAUGGCAACAGAGAUGGACACUCUGGGAGUGGCGGAGGAGGAGGGGGAGAUGAGCAAGGGCAGCGGGAGAAGGAGAGACAGCGUGGCUCAGUUCUCGGAGCAGACCCUGAACACCUUGUGGGUCUACGCCGGUGAGGUGGCGGGAGAGGUCAUCAACGAUGUGAAGAGGAUGGUGAGCUCUGCACAGCAGUGUCCAUAUCACAGAAGAAGAAGCUUUGACAGAUCUAGCUCUGAAUGUUUGCAGCAGCACCACCAAAACCAGUCUCAGCCCAGUACGGACCAGAACAGAGACUGGAGGGUAGGGAAGCUGGCUGAGCAGUGGUCUAAUGACCUGAUAGCCUCCGUCUUCCGGUCUCCCACCUCCACUUCGAGCACCGUCUCCAGCUCCAGCUCUGGCCUGUCUUCUGAGUAUCCCAGCUGUGAGAGUGUGACAGAUGAAUAUGCUGGCUACCUCAUCAGGGUGCUGAAAAAGGAGGGAGGCAGUAGGGAGUUGGUCCUGGACCAGUAUGCGAGCCGUUUGGCCUACCGCUCCAUAAAACUGGGCUUGGCUCACGCCAGUCGCAAGAUCAAGCAGAGAUCCUCCAGCACCCGCCUUCACUCGUCCAAGUCGCUGCCAGAUGAAUGGAAAGCUUCUGGAAGCGAAGCCUCGUCGCCAAAGGACAGAGUAGAGUCAGUAGUUAGUCCUUCAGGCGAGGAUGCUCAGUGUUGUUGCAGAGACUCUGAGGAGCAGAGUCAGAGGGAGUACAUGGAUCUGGUCAACUUUGCAGAGUCUUUAGCUUACAACAUCACCUGUGAUGUCACACGCAAGCUGCAUCUCUCCUCUGCACGACUGCCCAAGUCUCUCACCGACUCCUGUCUUUAUAAGAAAUCCAAACUUGAAGACAUGGCAGAGAAUCUCAUCAGGAACUCCUUCUCCUGCCCCCUGUUGUCCAAGGAGGGUAAAAGCAGGCAUUACCACAGCACAGGAAGCCUGUAUGAUGGAGGCUACAGGGGCAGGGUGAUGCAGGUCAUCGAGCAUUACGCCAGGAAGAUAGUUGACGACACUCUGAAGAUGAGCCUGGCUUCAGUUGGACAUUCGUCCCAGGAGCACCAGAGGACCCACGACAGACACUCUCACACCCAGAGGUUGUCUGAGGGGCCGACGCUGGGCCAAGCCCUGGGGGAGAGGACAUGCCGUUAUUGUCAGGUCCAGGAGUGCCCGUACUGCACCAAACACAGCAGGCACCACCACCAGCCGGUAUUACAGAGGAGGAAAAGGGGCCCAGAAUGCCCGGCGAGGGCCGAGCGUCUCUCUAGCCUGGAGAUCCCCAAGAUCCACAUUGACCUGGACCACAGGGCAGUGUUCGCAGAGGGGAUGGUGUCCAUGGCGAUGGAGACAGCUAAACGUGAGCUGAGCAACACCAGCCUUAAUGCCGACAGCGGCAUCGGCCACGAUGGAACCAGCUACGCCGAGAGCCUGACCGCUGAGAUCAUGACGUCAGCUCUGUCCAACAUCUGCCAGACCGGCAACAUCAGCUUCCCAGGUAGAGAAGCAACCGAGUCCUCCGUGUCCCAGCAGCUGAGUGUCGGAGAUGACAGUCUGGGCAGCUGGUCCAACCUGAGCUUUGAGGACGAGCACCAAGACGACAACAGCAGCUUCCUCCAUCUCAGUGACAGCAGCAAUGGGAACAGCAGUAGCUGGAGCAGUCUGGGCCUGGAGGGGGAGGCGUGUGAGGAUCGCAUGUCCUUCUCUCCCUCUGACAGUGACAACACAGAGGACAAGGAGACUGAGGUCAAAGAGGAAUCCAGCGGGACUCUCUGCGUGGACAGGACUCAGGUGCCGGCUCCCAGGACCACACUAGUCGUAGUGAACUCGGAUGUCAGGGAGCUCGGGCGCGGCGGCCCUCAUCACGUGACCCUCGACCCUCAGCUUCGGAGCAUGCUGCAGUGGGUGGCGGCCUCCAUGGCCGACGUCCCCCAGAUCCAGCUGAUCCCUGACAGAGAGCUCCAGCAGCUCCCAGCGGUGGUUCAAAGGCUUCGGGAGAGGAGGUGGAGGGUGGGAGAGCUGCUGCACACACUGCUGCGCUACUGUGAAGAGGGUCAGACGCACGGUCAGACCCAGGCCAGGGAGGAGGCACUCCAGGCGGGCAGAGAACCUCACCGCAUCCCCCUCUUCCAGUGGCUCCUGGAGCACGCCUAGGGUCAAUCCCUCUCCAUCUCCUCUCCUCUCCCUUUCCUCUUCCUCUCCUCAGUUCCAAACAGGGCUUUGCAAACUCCACAGCCCCUAGAGGGCGCCAUACAAAUCAGCCGAUCUAACUAACUUAACUCUGAUGAAUGUGGGUGGCGUGUGUCUCUGCAUUGCGUGCUGUGACCAAGAGUACUUCUGUUGUAUCUUAUUUUCCUUUCCACCUUCUGUUUUGUUGUUGUUGCGGUUUUUGUUAAUCAUCGGGCUGCGUUCAUCACAUGUGUUGAUUUAAUGAGCUGGCCCACCUACACUUGUGAAUUGAAGCCCUCACACCUUGCUGCCAUUGUGCUUGAGCUACAGAAAGAAAAGGAGUGAAGAAAGAAAGAGAGAGAGAAAGACCCAUCCCAUCUGUUCCAGACAGAGAUGCAGUGAGUUGAGAGAAAGAGAAUGUGUUUUUUGUUAGGGAAUCCCCAUAGCUGCUGGGUGGAUGAUGUCAUCACACCCACAGCUCACCUCUGUGGUGUUUCCACAUGUUAAGAGACCAACUGUGCGCUCACACACACACACACACACACACACCACACCCUUGUAUUAUUAUCAGAGGGAACCCGAGCUGCACCAACACUCAUCAACAGUUAUUCCCCCAUUAAUAAUUGUUGUAUUUAUCCACUCAGUGACGUUUUUCUCUGGAGCUCUGAAUGACGUAACUGCUGCCAUCAUGACUCGUCACAUAUGAUUGAUAUGCUGCCGUGCGUGCAGAUUGACAGGACGCUGUUAAAGUUGCAUAUCUUUAGUAAAUUGUACUACAGUCGUUUUGCGUUGAUUAUCAAAUCAGUAGAAUGAGAAAUAGCACUUGAUGAAGUUGCCUCUUUGCCAGUAUUCCUGUUAUAUCUAAUAACUGUAACACUGCUUGCCUCGCCUCAAUCUCCUUGGUUGUCAAACUUAGUAAUUGGAGUGGAUGAUGUUUACCAGGGCGGUCGGUAUUAAAAAGUAUAUUUUUGUUGAAGGUAAUCAAACAUGAAAUGCUGCUCGAAGCUAUGAAAGAAGCCAUGAUAGUUGCUUAAUGUUGCCAAAUGAAACCUAUAAGGUGACUCUGACUGUCCUCCAGUCAGUAGUAAGUGUGUGUGAUCCUCCGGUCAUCUGUGGUCCAGUUCUUGGAAGAUCCAGUGACGUAGAUAGUGGACCUUUUAGUAAUUAAAGACACCGGUUCUGCACCUCCAAAACCACAAACUAACAGCAUGUACAUAGCUCAACCUUGGACUCACACAUUUUUGUCACCCACGCUCCACAGUCACCUCGUGGAAUGAAGAGUACCACAACUUCCACAGAGCGCUAAACUCCUCUAACACACACCCUUGUUACUCACCAGCCCCCAUA